CGAGGCGUGCGAGUCCUCGAAACGUGUCAGGCUGCCGCGUGCGCCGAGCGCUGUAAGGGGCGCGGUGAGCGACCGCUUGGGGUCUGCCGCCCGCGCGCAGCCGCGGGCCUCGCCGCCGGCCAGGGCCUCCGCGGCCGCCGGAGGGCCCGAGCAGUGGAAAACUAAAAGCACGACAGGCCUCGCCCCGCCAGCGGGGCUGCGCUGUCCGAAGCUGCUCACUGCACACUCGGCCUCGCCGCAGGGUGCGCCGCUCGAAGGCCUCGCAUUGGUCUGGCGUAGACGGCGAGAUUGA